AUGACUGGGACCUUCCACCAGAACUCCCGCAAGGAAGGGGACAGGUUCAGGCUACAGGGAGCACUGAAGACUCUGCCGAAGCGGGAGCCCCCGGAAUUCCUUUUGGGGAGAGGCAGCUGCCAAAAGGACCCACAAUUGGUUGAUAAGGUAAUGCAGGACCUGGAUGCCAAUAAGGACAACGAAGUGGAUUUUAAUGAAUUCGUGGUCAUGGUGGCAGCUCUGAUGGUUGCUUAUAAUGAUUACUUUGUAGAACAACUGAAGAAGAAAGGAAAACAAAAAUAA